AUGGAUAUGAAUGACACCACAUGCCGAAUACAGAGUCUUCUCUCUCUUAACCUCACAGACUCCAAAUUCUCCCUCCUUUAUAGUUACUACAAUCAGAUGUACGCUUUGUGGAAUUGUUCUACGAAGAUUAUAUGGAAUUCUGCACUAGGACCAUUUGAUUGCAUCAGUGAUGAACAAGGUUUUGUUUAUGGCAUGACAUAUGACCGGUCAGUCGACUCGAGGCCCCCAGUUUGCAAUUAUCAUGGUCAUGGUCGUCUAGUUAAAAUUGCAGUGUCUACAGCCACGAGUGUUGGAGGCAUUGUCUUCUUUGCAUUGGUAAUACUUCUUCUUUACAGAUCUAGGAGAUCUGAAAAGGAAGGAGAAACUCAACUGAAAAUAGAGAAGUUCCUCGAAGACUAUAGGACCCUCACCCCGACCAGAUAUACUUACAGUGACCUGAAGAAAAUAACUGGUAGAUUUAGGCACAGGCUAGGCCAAGGAGGUUAUGGAUGUGUCUUCAAAGGAGAACUCGCCAAUGGAAUUCCAGUUGCUGUUAAGAUGUUGGAACAUUCAACAGGAAAUGGUGAAGAAUUUAUCAAUGAAGUUGCUACUAUAGGUAGGAUUCACGAUUUUAACAUUGAUCGUCUUUUGGGAUUUUAUUCAGAAGGGGUUCGGUGUGCUCUUAUUUACGAGUUUAUGUCUAAUGGAUCACUUGAGAAGUUCAUAUUCUCAAGUAUAAACAAUUCAAGUCAACGUCAAUUGAAUUGGGAAAAGAUCCUUCACUUCGACAUCAAGCCUGACAAUAUAUUACUUGACCAUAAUUUUCAGCCAAAGAUUUCAGAUUUUGGGCUGGCCAAACUAUGCUCAAAGGAACAAAGUGUAAUAUCAAUGACAGCUGCUCGAGGAACUACUGGUUAUAUUGCUCCCGAGCUCUUCUCUAGGAACUUUGGAGAGGUUUCCUAUAAGUCUGAUGUUUUUAGCUACGAAAUGGUGUUAUUAGAGAUGGUUGGAUGCCAAAAGAAUAUUGAUCAUUCAAUUGAAAAUCAAAGCCAAAUUUACUUCCCUGAGUGGAUAUAUAAUAAAAUGAGCCAAGGAAACGAGGUUGCUUUAGAAAUUGAGGUAGAUGGAGACGAGAAAAUUGUCAAGCAGCUUGCAAUUGUCGGACUCUGGUGCAUCCAGUGGAACCCAGCAGAGAGGCCUUCCAUGUCAAUGGUAUUACAAAUGCUAGAAGGUGAGUUCAAGAGCUUGGAGAUUCCUCCAAAGCCCUUCGUUUCUUCAGAUGAGGAAAUGGAUGGAAAUUGAUCUUGUAUAAUGACAUAACAUUUGUAAUGUUUAAUUAAUUUGUU